AUGAAUCACUGGAGCAACAAUUCCUGGAACCCACGCUGGGAAGCCGUGGACACAUACGCCAUUUCGCAUGGACACCCAGACACCCGACCCAAUGCCCAGAUUCUGCAGAAUACAAUGUCAGCGUCCGAUAGAGCAGGCUUACCAAGUCAUGCACUCUCAGCCGCCCAGGCCAAGUUCCUUUCGCUGCACUGUCGCACCGCCAAUGUGACGCAUGCACUUGAAAUCGGCACGCUAGGCGGCUACUCUGCCAUCUGGAUGACUAGUCAGAACCCACAGCUACACCUGACAACUAUCGAGUACGAUGAAUACCACUACAAGACGGCCAAGAGAAAUAUUGAUCGCUCAGGGCUGGCGGAUCGUAUCGAGGUCAUUCAUGGUGCUGCGCUUGAUGUCCUUGGCCGUUUGCGUGAAGAGGUUCACUUGGGGAGGCGGUCUGGAUUUGGUUUUACCUUUAUCGAUGCGGAUAAGGUAAAUAACUGGAGGUAUUUCCAGUUGGCGAAAGAUAUGUCCAAGCCGAAUUCUGUCAUCUGUGUUGAUAAUAUUGUGCGUGAUGGACAUCUGGUCAGCUUCGGCGAUAACGAUUCGUAUCUGAGAGGUUGUCGAGAUGUUGUGGAGAGGGCAGGCAAAGAACCCGGUGUGGAUUCUAUUGUGCUACAGACUGUGGGCGAGAAAGGGUAUGAUGGUUGGCUGUGGGCUGUGGUCAAUUAA